GAAGAGGAGGAGGAGGAAGAAGAAGGCCGAGGAGAAUGCAGAGGGAGGAGAGUCUGCCCUGGGACCAGAUGGAGAGCCGAUAGAUGAGAGCAGUCAGAUGAGUGACCUUCCUGUCAAAGUAACUCACACAGAAACCGGCAAGGUCCUGUUUGGACCGGAAGCACCCAAAGCAAGUCAGCUGGACGCCUGGUUGGAAAUGAAUCCUGGUUAUGAAGUCGCCCCCAGGUCCGACAGCGAAGAAAGUGAUUCUGAUUAUGAGGAGGAGGAUGAGGAAGAAGAGUCCAGUCGGCAGGAAAACGAAGAGAAAAUAAUUCUGGAUCCAAACAGUGAAGAAGUUUCCGAGAAGGACGCGAAGCAGAUCAUUGAGACAGCCAAGCAAGACGUGGAUGACGAGUACAGCAUGCAGUGCAGUGCCAGGGGCUCCCAGUCCUACUACACAGUGGCCCACGCCAUCUCCGAGAGGGUGGAGAAGCAGUCUGCCCUCCUCAUCAACGGGACCCUGAAGCACUACCAGCUCCAGGGCCUGGAAUGGAUGGUCUCCCUGUAUAAUAACAAUUUGAACGGAAUCUUAGCUGACGAAAUGGGGCUGGGAAAGACCAUACAGACCAUUGCACUCAUCACUUACCUGAUGGAGCACAAAAGACUCAAUGGCCCCUAUCUCAUCAUCGUGCCCCUUUCGACUCUGUCUAACUGGACAUAUGAAUUUGACAAAUGGGCUCCUUCUGUGGUGAAAAUUUCUUACAAGGGCACCCCUGCCAUGCGUCGCUCCCUUGUCCCCCAGCUACGGAGUGGCAAAUUCAACGUCCUCUUGACAACUUACGAGUACAUUAUAAAAGACAAGCACAUUCUUGCAAAGAUCCGGUGGAAGUACAUGAUUGUGGACGAGGGCCACCGGAUGAAGAACCACCACUGCAAGCUGACUCAGGUCCUGAACACGCACUACGUGGCCCCCAGGAGGAUCCUGCUGACCGGGACCCCCCUGCAGAACAAGCUCCCGGAGCUCUGGGCACUCCUCAACUUCCUCCUCCCCACCAUUUUCAAGAGCUGCAGCACCUUCGAACAGUGGUUCAAUGCUCCAUUUGCCAUGACUGGAGAAAGGGUGGACUUGAAUGAAGAAGAAACUAUAUUGAUCAUCCGGCGUCUACAUAAGGUCUUGCGACCAUUUUUACUGAGGAGACUGAAGAAGGAAGUGGAAUCCCAGCUUCCAGAAAAGGUUGAAUAUGUGAUCAAGUGUGACAUGUCAGCUCUGCAGAAGAUCCUGUAUCGCCACAUGCAAGCCAAAGGGAUCCUCCUCACAGAUGGUUCUGAGAAAGAUAAGAAGGGGAAAGGGGGUGCUAAGACACUCAUGAACACUAUCAUGCAGCUGCGAAAAAUCUGCAAUCACCCGUAUAUGUUUCAGCACAUUGAGGAAUCCUUUGCUGAACACCUGGGCUACUCAAAUGGGGUCAUCAAUGGGGCUGAGCUGUAUCGGGCCUCAGGAAAGUUUGAGCUACUUGAUCGUAUUCUGCCAAAAUUGAGAGCAACUAACCACCGCGUGCUGCUUUUCUGCCAGAUGACGUCUCUCAUGACCAUCAUGGAGGAUUACUUUGCUUUUCGGAACUUCCUUUACCUGCGCCUUGACGGCACCACCAAGUCUGAAGAUCGUGCUGCUUUGCUGAAGAAAUUCAACGAACCUGGGUCCCAGUAUUUCAUUUUCUUGCUGAGCACAAGAGCGGGAGGCCUGGGCUUAAACCUCCAGGCCGCCGACACCGUGGUCAUCUUUGACAGCGACUGGAAUCCUCAUCAGGACCUGCAAGCCCAGGACCGAGCCCACCGCAUCGGCCAGCAGAACGAGGUGCGGGUGCUGAGACUCUGCACCGUGAACAGCGUGGAGGAAAAGAUCCUGGCUGCCGCCAAGUACAAGCUCAACGUGGAUCAGAAGGUGAUCCAGGCGGGCAUGUUCGACCAGAAGUCUUCAAGCCACGAGCGCAGGGCGUUCCUGCAGGCCAUCUUGGAGCAUGAGGAGGAGAAUGAGGAAGAAGAUGAAGUACCGGACGAUGAGACUCUGAACCAAAUGAUCGCUCGACGAGAAGAAGAAUUUGAUCUUUUUAUGCGCAUGGACAUGGACCGGCGGAGGGAGGACGCCCGGAACCCGAAGCGCAAGCCGCGCCUCAUGGAGGAAGAUGAGCUGCCCUCCUGGAUUAUUAAAGACGACGCCGAGGUGGAGAGGCUGACGUGUGAGGAAGAGGAGGAGAAGAUAUUUGGCAGGGGGUCUCGCCAGCGCCGGGACGUGGACUACAGCGACGCCCUGACCGAGAAGCAGUGGCUGCGGGCCAUUGAAGACGGCAAUUUGGAAGAAAUGGAAGAGGAAGUACGGCUUAAGAAACGAAAAAGACGAAGAAAUGUGGAUAAAGAUCCCGCAAAAGAAGAUGUGGAAAAAGCUAAGAAGAGACGAGGUCGCCCUCCCGCAGAGAAAUUGUCACCAAACCCCCCCAAACUGACAAAGCAGAUGAAUGCCAUCAUCGAUACUGUGAUCAACUACAAAGACAGUUCAGGGCGACAGCUCAGUGAAGUCUUCAUUCAGUUACCUUCAAGGAAAGAAUUACCAGAAUACUAUGAAUUAAUUAGGAAGCCGGUGGAUUUCAAAAAAAUCAAGGAAAGGAUUCGUAAUCAUAAGUACCGGAGCCUGGGCGACCUGGAGAAAGAUGUCAUGCUCCUCUGCCACAACGCUCAGACCUUCAACCUGGAGGGGUCCCAGAUCUACGAAGACUCCAUCGUCUUACAGUCGGUGUUUAAGAGCGCUCGGCAGAAAAUUGCCAAAGAGGAGGAGAGCGAGGACGAAAGCAAUGAAGAGGAGGAGGAAGAAGAUGAAGAGGAGUCGGAGUCGGAAGCAAAGUCUGUUAAGGUGAAAAUCAAGCUCAAUAAAAAAGAGGAGAAAGGUCGGGACAAGGGAAAAGGCAAGAAAAGACCAAAUCGAGGGAAAGCCAAACCUGUGGUGAGCGACUUCGACAGCGACGAAGAGCAGGAUGAGAACGAACAGUCAGAAGCAAGCGGGACUGAUGACGAGUGAUGGAUACGGACCUUGUUCCAACUGAAUUCCUUCCUCCCCUCUCUCACUUCUACCCAGUGAGUUCAUUUGUGGUAUGGGCACUGGGCUGUUUCUAUAUCAUCAUCAUCACCUAUACACUAGCUUUAGGAUAGUGCCAGACAAACAUAUGCUAUCAUGGUGUAAAAAAACACGCACACAAAUAUUUGUAACAUAUUGUGACCAAACGGGCCUCAAAGAUUCAAAGAUUAAAACAAACAAAGUAAAGCUUUUGAUGGAAAAUAUGUGGGUGGACAGUAUAUUUCUAUGGGUGGGUGUAAUUUGGUAAUGGUUUGGUUGGGCCUGGUUUUAUCACCUGCUCCGAUGAGAAGAUUUUUGUCUUUUUGUAGCACUGAUAACCAGGAGAAGCCAUUCAAAGUCACUGGUUAUUUUAUUUUUCAUCAGGCAAUUUUCAAGAUUUUUAUUUGUUUGGUAUUGUGUUUUUUUUUUUUACACUGUGGUACAUAUAAGCAACUUUAAUAGGUGAUUAAUGUACAGUAGUUAGACUUCACCUGCAUAGACAUUUUUCCAUUUUAUGCUAUAUGACCUGAAAAUAAAACUGCUUUUUGAAUUGUAUAAGAUUUAUGUCUACUGUAAACAUUGCUUCUUUUUUUUUUUUUUUGCUCUUGAUUUAAAAACAGGUUCUGUUGAAAAUGCUAUUGAAUAUUGCAAUCUAUAUAGUGCAUUGGAUGGCUUUUUUUUUUUUUGUCACCCUGAUCUCCUAUGUUACCAAUGUGUAUCGUCUCCUUUCUCCCUAAAGUGUACUUAAUCUUUGCUUUCUUUGCACAAUGUCUUUGGUUGCAAGUCAUAAGCCUGAGGCAAAUAAAAUUCCAGUAAUUUCCAAGAAUGUGGUGGUGGUGCUUUCCUAAUAAAGAGACAGUUUAGCUCAACAAA